AUGGUGCGAAUCUUCAUCACCGGCUCAAGCGAUGGUAUAGGGCAGGCAGCUGCCAAGGUCCUUUCCGAGCAGGGCCACUCAGUCGUCCUUCAUGCGCGCAACGCCGACCGCGCCGCCUCAGCCCAAGAGGCCGUUCCAGGCGCCGAGGCCGUCCUGGUGGGCGAUUUGAGCUCCAUUGCUGAAACAAAAGCCCUAGCAGAGGAAGCAAACAAGUUGCCACCGUUCGAUACGGUCAUCCACAACGCGGGGAUCGGAUACGGGGCGACGGCCAGCCAGGAGAUCACCGCAGAUAAGAUCUCGGCUGUCUUUGCUGUCAACACGCUUGCACCAUAUAUCCUGACCUGCUUAAUGCAUAAACCAAAAGCAAGGCUUCUUUAUAUGAGCUCGGAUAGUCAUUACGGCGGUGACGAGAGUCUACGGAACAUCACGCAGUCCCAUUCGUACGGGAAUACCAAACUGCACGAUGUAAUGCUAGCAAAUGCAUUCUCUCGACGAUGGGGCAACGCGAUCCAAGUAGUUAGCAUGCAUCCUGGCUGGGUGAGGACCAAAAUGGGAGGCGUAAUGGCGCCUGGGGCGUUGGACAGGCCGGCCAGAGUCCUGGCCGACUGGGCAAUCGGAAAGGGAGAUCUGGCCCGCCUCAAGAGCGGUACUUUCUUUACGACUAGCGGCCCAGAAUCUGCACAUCCCGGUGCCGAUAAUGUCCAGAAACAAGAGGAGUUAUUGCGCAUCUGUAAGGAGGUGUCGGGCGUGGGGGUUCCGGGGGGGUAG